ACAGCGCCUCCAGUGGCCACAUUUGAGGCCCUCUCCGCACAAUCCGCGCUGCUGUUCGUUGUUGUUGUUUGUGGCAGCGGCGGUGGUGGUGGCGGCUCUCGUGGGGCAGCUGAUCUCCAGCUCUUCUACUAAGACGAGCUGAGCAGUCAAGAGGCUCCUCGUCUCCUCGAGUGGUGGAGGAGGAGGAGGCGGACACGUCCACAGCGGCCACGUCUCAAGAGCAAGCGGACAAGGCCCCGGUAUCCGGCUCCAUUAACCCCGUGACAACCACAACCACUCGCUCGGCUCCCUCCGCGUUGGCAACACACGGACACGAGACCGUAGAAACAGCUCGAGAGAGAGAGAAAGAGACGACAUGUCGAGCUCCGUGGAGCGUCUGGACGUGCUGGUGCGGGACUUCCUCGUGUUCCGAGGCUUCGCCGCCACCCUCCGGGCCUACGAGGCCGAGCUGCGUGGGGACCGAGACCGCGGCCUCCGUGCCGAGCGGCUCCUCGAGCAGCUGCAGCUAUGCGUGAGCUCGCUGGACCUGCAGUCACUACGCGAUCUGUGGGCUCACCUGGAGAAACGUCUCUUCUCGCGCCUCGAGCACGCGCACAUGCUCACCACGUGCAAGCUGCGCACGGGCGUGCUGCGAGCGUACGUUGCGCACAGCGUGCAAGCCGGCCGGCCUGACAAGACGCUCGAGUUCUUCCAGCGCGUGGGCCCCGAGCUGCACGGCUCCCCCGAGUGGAGGGAGUGGUUUGCUCUUCCAUUUCUGCCCAGCCCAGAGACGCAUUCCACCUUCAGCGCUUACUUCACCAAGCAGUGGAACGACACCCUCUGGCUCUCGCUACACAACUUCUUGAGCGUUCUGCUGCACACGAUGCCGGUGCCCAGCUUGUUGUGUUUCGAUUCCGAGGUGCAGAGGAGCAACAUUUUGCAAGAGGAGAACGAGGCUUUGAGGUUCAAGCUGUAUGGACAGGUUGAGGCUCAGAAACCCAGGAAACUCGCCGACGUGCCUUUCGUGCGAGCGGGCGAAGCCGACGUGGCCGUUACUGCGGAGCAGAAGUCUCGGCAGGCGUCUGGGUCCGCUCAGAAAAGCUCUUCUGUGAAGAAACAAACGACGCCCUUGCGUAAAGACGCCGCAGUGUGCGAAAGUGGGCGCAGUGGCGGUGUGCGCGACGGGCGGCAGACGGAGCGUGCGCGCCGCAAUGGGCAAUCGGAGCGGGAAUCCCGUCAGCAGCUUCUCAAGGCGUCCGCCCUCAGUGUGGAGAAACGGCCCGACUCGGAACAGAGUGCAACAGACUCUCCCAGCAAAGCAGAGGCGCAGAGUAAAGCAUCCGCCACCACCGCCGCCACCACCGCCGCCGCUUCGGGGGGAGCGCGUAUCAAUCGCGAAGAAGCCUCCCAGCAGCCCUUCCUCGUGCUCUGUCAAGAGGAGUAUUCCGAGCACCAUUCCCCCAUAAUGCACUGCAAGUUCGACGCGUCAGGGAGCCGGGUGGCGAGUGUGGAUGUGGACGGGGUGGUGAAGGUGUGGUCUUGCAGCCCAACCCCCCAGACGCACACCACGGUCAUGGCCAAGUCUCCGCUCCUGUCGCUCGAGUGGGCGACCAAGCCGCACCGUCUCCUGCUGCUUGGCAGUGGGAUCGGCAGUGUGCGCUUUUAUGACACCGACCAAAAGAAGUCCGUGGCGGACGUCACCCUCGACAUGGCAUACCCGCGCGUGCUGGCGCUUGCCUGCAGCCCCACGGGCGGGUCGUUCGUGUGCGGGGCUGCCGCUAGCGCCCACGGCAACGGGACGUCGCCUCCAGAAGCGGCCGGGGGGUCCGCCACACGGGGCCAGCUGUCUCUGUGGGACGCGAAGACGCUGCGUCAGCAACACCUGUUCACACUGGACCCUGAGCCCGUCGCCAUCACCUGCGUGUCCUUCAACCACAACGGGAACCUGCUGGUGUGCGGGGCGACCGACGGGCUGAUCCGCCUGUACGAUGUGCAGCGCUACGACUGCCUAAUGAGCUGGCGCGCGCACCAGGGCGAGGUGUGCUCGGUGGAGUUCAGCGGCGACGAGACAGGCGUGUUCAGCAUGGGCGCAGACGGAAAGUUCACGCAGUGGCACCUGCAGCGCGAGGGCGCGCGCGUGGCCGAGCUGGAGGUACACGCCGACGCGGCAGGCCCCUUCGAGGUGUGCGGCUGCAGCGGGUACAAGCAGACGCACGCGCCCCGCGGGCGGCUCUUCGCCUUCGAGCCCUCGUCGGGGCAGCACGUGCUCACGUGCUCCGCACACGGAGGCAUCGUCUACCGCCUGGAGUCGGGCUCGCUCUCGCCGUGCCUCACGCUGGGCGGGCAUCGCGCCCCUGUGGUCACCGUAGAGUGGACCACGGCUAUGGACUGCGGCAUGUGCCUCACCGCGUCAAUGGAUGGCAAGAUACGCGUGUCGACGCUGCUGGCGCAGUAGAGUGGCGCGGCCCACAUCGCAUGGUGUCGCACCCCGGCGUUACUCUCGGCACGACAACCACCUGCACGGUGAUGCGUCGCAUAACACGCCGACACGUCGCAAAGCACCACAACGAACGGCGCCACACGCCACGCCACAAUACCCAAUGUAAAACAAACAUCUCCAUAAGCAGAGCCCUUCAUGGACCGACACACUCGGCACAUCACUCUUGUCACGUUACUCACGCUCACCGCAUGCCUUGCACGCAAUAUAUGAUCAUGCGAUGCAGCUCUGUUGUCCUCGGACAGGAUAAAUCUCGGUCGGGUCAUGUUGUACAUCUGUCACGUCUUCACUGACAGCUUCUGCUUACCAAAAGCACGCGCACCAGUGCAGGGAAAUGCAGCUUGAAACGGUUUGUGUUUGUCCACAUCUGAAGAUCACACUUUGCUGCUCAUGCAGGAUAUCCAGUCAACCUGCAAUGUUUAAUUUCACAUUUACGCAAACAUUACAGUUUAAAAUUGUUAAGCCUCAAUGAAAGAUUGCUUCUUUGGUCAAUGGGCACUGGUAAUCUUUUAGGAAUGUAUUAUGAGCGUUCCUCCAUGGUUUAUUUUCUCGCUUCUUCGACAAGUUGUGAGAUUGUUAGAGUUGAAUGAUCUUUUUGAGCAGCGGUCCCCAACCUUUUUGGCACCAGGGACCGGUUUCGUGGAAGACAAUUUUUUCAUGGACCGUGGCGAGUGGGAGGGUUCAUCAUUGGGUCUUUGCCCCUUUUCAAAGAAGCUCUCCAGCGACGUUUGUUUUUUACUCAUUUUGGCUACGGGUUAGCUUGUGGGCUUACCAAAACUGUGACAGACAAGUGCGCAGUGCGGGAAAGAGGCGCGGAUGGAAGUGGUAAAUAAAAUAAUGGGCGGGCCACGCGCGGACUCGCCUCUCACCUCCUGCUGUGCGGCCCGGUUCCUAACAGGCCGCGGACCGGUACCGGUUGGGGACCCCUGUUUUAGAGGUUUUCUUUUUUUUCCCAAUGCCAACGUAUUGCCGAUCAAUUCCCCACAUUAAUACGAAACUCCUCGCCGUGCUGGGCUGGGCAUCUCGCACAGCGGGCGCCUUGGAUGUUGCCACGAGGUGGUGCCACGUAAUGUCGGUAAAUCCACAAUGGGAACAAAAUGUGAGCGUUCCCGGCCGUUGGAUGUCACCACUUCCGAGGCAAAUGAAUACGAAUCCUGUUAAGAAUUUAACACACACGUUUUCGCAGCCAAAUCGAUUCGUUAUAACAUUCUUGGUUAGGGGCUAUGUAAUGAACUGGCCACUUCUAUGUUGGGUAGUGGAUUGUCUUACGACAUAAAUCUGGUCAGAGCAUUACAUGAUUUAACCCAAAUCCGUUAAGAAUAUGUUAGAAAUAAUAGACACUAUUAAAUCCUUGUUCAAGGUUUUCAAUUUUCUUACACUCCUUUGGGAACAUUGGCCAUUUUAAUAGCAUUUUCACCGCACCUCUGAUUAGCACGGUGCGCAAGAAGUUCGAGAUACAUACAUUUUACAGACAGCAUUUGAGUUGUGUACGCAGUCACGUUUCACAGUAUCGAUGUUUGCCUGCCUACGCGUAUUAAAAAGCGCUUAGCAUUACGCUGAACGGAGGCGGUUCAGCACGGGGCGUGACUGCAGGGAAAUAGGAACAGGGCCCGGGAAUGAAAUGAGAGGCGUCCAUUGAUCCGCUCCGAUUUGACAUCCUCCUGCUUGGCCCACUAGUCACGCGACGGACCCGUCUCACCCUUCGGGAAACGGGAGGAGGAUGUGACAUCGCUGCUUCGUCUGAACUCGUUAACCCAGCGACCCCACACCCUACAGUGCAAAUGCUUUGCGGUUGUGCAGUGAAGUCACUCCUGUGUGAUGGAUGCAUCUGUGUCGAACAAACGGGCCGGAACAAGAAAACCCACAUGCAUAUGAAUUGGGCAUUUGUGCCUACGAUUGAAGCUGCGGAGCACAGCGUUGUGCGAAUGCUUGGCGCAACGUUCCCGUGUUUCGCAAAUGGAUAUGAUACACCCGUACGUGUUAGAAACGUGCUCCGCGUGACACGCAUGACGGUUGGUACACAGGAUGUUCAAGCAGAACAAUACCCACACGUAGAUAACCCAUGGGCGCACUGCUAUUGUGCAUCGUAUAGCAAUGUAACAGCUAUUAUAUUUAUAUUUAGGGUCGACCAUAAGUGUUAAAUACUGCAUCGAUGUCUUUGUUUUUGCUUUAUCUCAAAAGCCGUUUAUCGCCACACUGUUCACACAGUCAUGCACACGAUGCAUAUAACGUUGAACUGCCAUGAGCUUAUGUUGACUGGUGUAUACAAUGGAGAAUUUGAGUUAAUUUACAAUUUAUUAGCCUCGUCUAUCUUUGUGAGUAUUAUUGCAUAAUAGUUUCCAAAUGUAAAUGUUUUAAGUGCACUUUUACUGACGCAGUUACUGAGCACAGGCCCAGAGGUCCAAAACGUCAAGCGGGCAGCAACAAACGUGCACUGUCAAAGUUGUUAAGAGAAGUGUACGCGUUUCUUUUCCAAGGUGAACUCAAAAGUUGAGCAGUGAAAGAGAGGUAAGCGGAGAGAGAGCGAGAAGUGUUGUGGUGACCUGCGGUGUGGUGGUUGAACACCAUGUGGAUGAGACAGCACUUAUUGAAGUCGGUGACAAUCUUGGUACGAAAGGCGUCACGCGGAUGGGCCACAGAUCCCUAAUUCAGGGCAAUGCUUUGCCUCUCUGCCUCCUUCACCUUGGACUGUGAUUAUGUUACAAACCCUCGCACACCUUGGAUUAUUUCAGUGUGCUAGUUAAGACUAAGAUGACCGUAGUUGUGUUUGUACUUCAUGAGACCAUACGCACAAGGUUUUUACUCUUCAUUCUCAAGUUUCACGUUGAUUUUGUAUAAUCAGGUGAGAACUAAAGAGACCAUGUUGGUUUCCUGUGCUAGAGUGACCCGGGUCACCAAAAUUACAAAAACCAGAACAUUAAAACAAAAAAUAACAACAAACUAAAUAGAAAUUGGGGCAGAAACAAUGGCAUUCAGAUUAGAGCAAAAACAACCAUUUUACGAAAGAAAUUGAAAACGGUGCACAAACAAUAUUAAAUUUCGAGUAGUAAGUUGUCUUGUGCAACUGAAUUUUAAAAGCAAUUCAAAGUAAAAUGAAGUUACAGGAACAUAAAUAUGAAUUUUGGGUGAAUCGUGCUCUCGUGUGUAAAGAGACAAGGAUGUGAAUCCCCAUGCCAUGCAACGCCACCUCGCCAGUCCACACCACGACUCAGAUCUUGUCUCUGCUCACGAUGCGUGCUUUUAUAGUUGCCACACUUAAAAUGUUUUUCAGACUUGAGGUUUCUCUGCGAUAAUAUUUGACAUUUGAAAGGAUGCCAUGAUCAUGGGACCAGUAUACAGCAUUUGGUGUGGGUAGUGAAUGAUGGAUUCAGUUAUUUGGGUGAUAAGUGGCAUUCUGUUCUUUAUUAUGUGCAUUACAAUAUUUUUCUCACACAAUAGUUCGGAGCAGCGUCAUAAAUGCAAUUGCUUAAAACGUUUGCCGAGCCCACACCAUUGUUAAAUGUCAAUAGCCAUUUGUUUCACCCUGGAAUAGACUAAAACGAUGGCAAUGGCAUGUGGACUCAACUCAUCAUAAGAAGUUCAAAUCCUGGUUGGGGGGUAGACUGGGCCAUUCAUCCCUCUCGGGGCCGUAGAUUGAGCAGCACUUUGUAGGGAAUGAGCAGCGCUUGUCUCGGGGAAAGUGACUUUUUCACCACGGGGCUCGGGGGCCACCAGUGGAGGCGAGGGGAAUCGUCCUCCCCACUCGCAGUUUUUAGCAGAGAGACACUUUGACCUUGAAUACUAAGAAUCGUGUGUGUGUGUAUAGCAUGGUGCAAUCUCGGCUUCAGGAUACAUCAUGUAAGUUGUGCACACUCUUUGACAUGCACCACCUCCCACACCCCUUAAUAAUAGUUUUCUGUUUCAUAAUUUUGUCUCUGUGCACGGUAACCGUUUUCGGAUUCCAAUCAGCUUUGGGUAUCCUGCUUGGUACGAAUGUCAUUAGGAGGCCACAGUCGUCCGCUGCCACCGAGCUUUGUAUUUGUCACUCGGCCUCCUCCCUGGUCGUAUGGCCCCUGGGUGAAAAUAAUAAUGAUGUGUCUUCACAUCAUCACGGAAGUAUCUGGGAUGUACACGCAAAUAAGCAUUAAUAAUAACAACAUUGUUAAUUAUUUACAUCCCUGGGUAUUUGAACAAUCUUAAAAAAAUGUGUUUCAUUACCACCACGGGGGGAAGGUGGUGGAAUACAGAUUCACUGGAGUGCACGGUCAAAAACAACGAAUCCCGCAUGGAGGCACGGCCUCUGUGUGUGUGUGUGUGUGCACACGUGGAAACAGCACGCCAUUUGGGUGCUUGCAGGGGUUACCAGUCCCAAAUUAGGAACCAGAUGGUGGCUGACAAAAGUUUUCUCAUUACCUUAUGUGAAGAGGGAUAGGAGUGAUCUACUGGUCUGUCUGCAUAUAAUUAAGUUUCAGAAAUUAAUAAUUAUGCUUUUUAAUGUAAUGCAAUACGUGUCUGAGCAGGAAGCCCAAAAUGCCAAUCACAUAAGUAUUGGAAAGUUAAUGGUUUUUCUUUAAUUGUUUUCUUCUAUUUUUGUUGAGGUUAUUCCGGUAUUGCACAUAUAAUUAGUUGGUGGAGGCCUUCGGAGAGUGAUGCUGUGCAUACGAAUUAACGUAAGUUGUAUGUGCACUCUGCUACGUUUGGUGCGUUACCUUUUGAGUCAAUAAAUAUUGAAAUAAGCCAUGCGCUAUCCUCUUUGGUUCUUUCGGUAAAGUCGCGUAGGUAGAAAAU